CCUAAAACCACAGCACCGAAAGUGAUUGACUCAUAAAUAUCCUAUUAAAUUACUAUAGGGACUAUGUGAUCAUAAUCCCUCAAAGUUAUAGAAUAGGACUAAAUGGCAGCCGUCUUGGUCAGGGAGAAUUAUCAUUAUAGUUAUCAUUCCUAAUUAUAUGGUUUGACUAAAGCAGUGACGACUCGGAUACCACGGUUUCUACCUCCCGCCCCGCGGACACACAGUGAGUUUGACUGUCUCGCUGUCAGCGCAGCGGAGAAUGCCGGUUUGUUUGUCCACCAGCGAACAGUUGCGUUUCGGCUCUACGUGUACAUGCAAGGUGUGACAAAUGCCAUCAAGCGUAAACUACUCCUGGAACAAUUAAACAGCCCACCCUUGGAUUUGAAAGGAAUUCUAUAGACUUCGAGUGAUUGGCUUUGGUUUUUGGCUUGUUUCUGUUGUUCCAUCUUGUAGAGACUGAGAAAUAACUGCCAACAUGUCUAGGGAUCAUGACAAUGUGAAUAAGCUGACCGAAAGUACAUACAAGAAUGUGAUGGAGCAGUUGAAUCCAGGACUGAGGAACCUUGUCAAUCUGGGGAAGAACUAUGAGAAAUCUGUAGCCGUGAUGACUCUUGCUGGGAAGGCGUACUUUGAUGCUGUGUCAAAGAUAGGAGAGACUGCUUCCGUAUCCCCUGUCUCCAGAGAAUUAGGUGUGGUUCUGAUGGAAAUCUCUGAGGUGCACAAGAAGGUUCACCUGGAGCUGGAGGAGAAUUUCAAGCAGUUCCACAAAGAAAUCAUUUCUGAGCUGGAGAGGAAAACAGAGAUGGAUGUCAAAUAUAUGACUGCAACAUUCAAGCGGUACCAGUCAGAGCACAAAAUGAAGCAGGACUCUCUGGAGCGCUCCCAGACGGACCUGAAGAAGCUGCGGAGAAAGACCCAGGGAAAACAAGCCACCAAGUACGAGAAGAAGGAGAACGAGUAUAUAGAGACCAUCUCGUCUCGGCAGAGUGACAUGCAGAAGUUCAUCGCUGAUGGCUGCAGAGAGGCCCUCUUGGAGGAGAAGAGACGAUUCUGCUUCCUGGUCGACAAACACUGCACGUUCUCUUACCAUGUCAACACCUUCCACGAGAAGGCCAAAGAGCUGCUGGCAGUGAAGCUGCCCAGCUGGCAGGAUAAAUGCAAAGAUGCCACCAAGGUCCCCGACACAGUAUUGACCAUGCUAGAGGGGCUCCGCACCCCCAUGUCUGGGACCCCAGAAGCCUCGCCUCUCGUCGAACGCUACAACAGGAACAACAGGGACUCGAUGGUUCCUCCACCAGCCCCCCAGCUGAAGGCCCAGAUCAGUCCACUGGCUAAUAUGUUCAACCAGGACGUCCCCCACGCCUCCUUCACAUCCACAUCUACAUCAGACCACAACUCAGGCCAGAGCAGUAUGGAGAACAGUGGAAGCCUGUCUCUAUCCCGGUCAGUGUCGAUAGGUUCUGGGCUGAACGUGGGCAGGAAGCCACGGGUCAGGACCAUCUUCCCCCACACGGCCGGCAACAACGACACACUCCUGUCCUUUGAUGAUGGUGACAUCAUCAUACUGCUCAUCAAGGAGGAGAAGGACGGAUGGCUAUACGGAGAGCUGGAGAAGACCCGGCAGCGGGGCUGGUUUCCCUCAUCUUACUGCCGAACUUACAAUGAACCACUGAUCUCAAACAGUUUGGGGACACCGGUGCGUCGUCUGAGUGUGGCCAGUCUUCCGGAACAGGAAGAGGAGGAGCCUGUUUUGCUGCCGCCGCCAGACUACAGGACAGGGAACAGCCUGGUCAGCGCCUCCACACCCUCACCCAAAAACACGAUCUCUCUACCCAAUGAGGUUGGAAAGGUUCCCUUUCUGGGAGGUGGGAAUCCCUUUGCCACUGUCAAACUGAGACCUACAGUGACCAACGACAGAUCAGCACCCAACGUCUAAUAACCAGAGCUCAUCCAGACAGAGGAAUGAUAAAGCACCACCAACACUCCAGAAUUACAGUCCAACAAUAUGUCCACAAAGCAUGGAUUCUACUCCGCUUCAGCAAACCAGCUCCAUUGUACCCGAGCCAGCUCCAUUGUAGCCAGCUCCGUUGUAGCCAGCGCCGUUGUAGCCAGCUCCGUUGUAACUAGCUCCAUUGUAGCCAGCUCCGUUGUAGCCAGCGCCGUUGUUACUAGCUCCGUUGUAGCCAGCACUAUUGUAGCCAGCUCCGUUGUAACUAGCUCCGUUGUAGCCAGCACCAUUGUAGCCAGCUCCGUUGUAACUAGCUCCAUUGUAGCCAGCUCCGUUGUAGCCAGCGCCGUUGUUACUAGCUCCGUUGUAGCCAGCACUAUUGUAGCCAGCUCCGUUGUAACUAGCUCCGUUGUAGCCAGCACCAUUGUAGCCAGCUCCGUUGUAACUAGCUCCGUUGUAGCCAGCACUAUUGUAGCCAGCUCCGUUGUAACUAGCUCCGUUGUAGCCAGCUCCGUUGUAGCCAGCUCCGUUGUAAAACAGAGUAGUGAAGUGACAAUGAUUAUGGGCAGUGCUGAAACAUAAUCAAAUCCAGGCUACCUUCCUCACUCUUUUGCGUUCAGAUUGUUUUUUAAAUAAAUAUAUAUACAGUCGCUAGUGAAAGUCUACACACCCUUUGCAGAGUCUUCAAAGUUUGUAAUCUACAGAGGGAAUAAAUGUUUUUUUUCUACUGACCUACACUGACCUACACAACCUACUUCACAUUUUCAGACUGAAAGAUAAAUUAUACAACACCUCAGAGUUAAUACUGGGUGGAAGCACCUUUGGCAGCCAUUACAGCUGGGAAUCAUUUGUUGUACUAUUAGGGCAACAUUUACCCAUUGUUUUGGCAAAAUUGCUCAAGCUCUGAUUUGGUUGGGAAUCAUUGAUGGAUACCAAUAUUCAAACCGUGUCUCUGAUUUUCAAGCAAAGUUAGUCAGGACUGAGAGUGGACUACUGAGGAACACUCAACACCUCUUGGAAAACAUUUUGGAGUCUUCGGCAUUAACAUUUGUGUAAUUGUUCCGCAAAAACAUCUAUCCCAGGGUUAGGUUUUCAGAAGACUGAGGCAGGGUUUUCUCUAACUUCUUACCUGGACUUUGCUCCUUUCAUAUUUACAUUUUACAUUUAAGUCAUUUAGCAGACGCUCUUAUCCAGAGCGACUUACAAAUUGGUGCAUUCACCAUAUUUAUUUUUGAUCAUGACAAACUCCCCAGUCCCUGCCGUUGACAAGCAUACCUAUAACAUGAGUUAUUAUAUGAUCAUUUACUGCUCUUGAGCAGUUUUGACAAAAACGAUGGAUAUAUAUUUCCCUAAGAGUUGUCGAGAGUUGGAAUUUUAUUCCAAAUUAUUCACAGCUGUAAUGGCUGCCAACAGUGUUUCCACCAAGUAUUAACUCUGGGGUGUGAAGUCAUACACAAUCAAUACUUCUUUUUUUUCUUCUUUUUUUUCAUUUUGAACAUUUUCUGUAAUUUAUUUCACUGAAAAUGUGGAUUAGGUUGUGUACAUCGGUAGGAAGGCAAAAUUAUUAUUAGUUUAUUUUUGUCAUAUUUGGGGUGUGUUGACCUUCUCUAGGCACUGUAUUCUGUCUGUAGACCUUCUCUAGGCACUGUAUUCUAUCUGUAGACAUUCUCUAGGCACUGUAUUCUGUCUGUAGACCUUCUCUAGGCACUGUAUUCUGUCUGUAGACCUUCUCUAGGCACUGUAUUCUGUCUGUAUACCUUCCCUAGGCACUGUAUUCUGUCUGUAGACCUUCUCUAGGCACUGUAUUCUGCCUGUAGACCUUCUCUAGACACUGUAUUCUGUCUGUAGACCUUCUCUAGACACUGUAUUCUGUCUGUAGACCUUCUCUAGGCACUGUAUUCUGUCUGUAGACCUUCUCUAGGCACUGUAUUCUGUCUGUAGACCUUCUCUAGACACUGUAUUCUGUCUGUAGACCUUCUCUAGGCACUGUAUUCUGUCUGUAGUAGUUGUAGGAAUGAGGCACAGGGACGCUAGUUGGGGAAAGAAGUGCUACAUUUUUUGCCAUAUUUAUUUUUUCAUUAUGACGUAACCAUUUUUCAGUGGGGAGGCUACUAUUUAUGCGUACAUUUUAAACAAAUUAGAGAUGUAUCAUUUUUAAAGAUUAAUUUCAUCAUAAAGAAGUCUACUCAGCCCCCACUAAGUGUAUUGAGUGUAAACAAUGAGAGUUUAUGGAAGAAUGAAUAUAGCUCAUGUAAGUUAUGUUUAAAAUGAAAAUAAGUGAUUUUUGAUUAGCCAUAGACUACUAAAUGAAUGUAUGCUGAAUGGGGAAUGGAUUGACAUAUGGACUCUGCUAUGCUAUUUCUUCAUAGUUUUAAAAGUAUUUUUUUUCAUACUUGUUUAAAGGUUCAUGAUGUUUAUUGUUUAAAGGUUCAUGAUGUUUAUAAAGUUGUAAGGAGACAAUUUAUCUUCGUUUUUUUCAUGGUAAGCUGAAGACUGUGUUUUACAAAUACACAAUUGUUGUAAAUCACAAUAACAUUGUUAUUGGUAGAAAUACCGUAUGAACCAUGCAGUAUAUCGAAAGAGUAUAUAGGUUUUCUCUUCCUUCAGUGUAGAGGAAUUCAUGAUACACACUGCUGUCCAUGAUAAUUGAUGAUUCCCAAAUAAGUUUAUGGUUCUUCUUCUAUCUCUGUUCAGAUACUGAUGUGUAUUCUGUCAUUCUCUAAAGGUGACAAGGAAAAUGCUUUACCAUGGUGUUCUGUAGACUAAAGUUAUGUUAUCUCACAGUAAAACAGGAUAAACCUUAACAUGGUCUUUAUUUUUUUAAACAUUUUUUUAAUUCAUGUACUGUCUUUGCAAUUUACUGCCAUAACCUACUGAAUAUCUGUAUGAAGACUGUAUAACUGACAAUGUUGUAUGUCCCUUAAUACAUGAGAUGAAAUUGAGAAUUUGGUUGUCUUUUAAUUGAAUGAGUCAUUUUUAUUUUAUAUUGAACGAAUGAGUAGGCUACCAUUCUUUCCUGCCCCAUAGUAAAUAGCUUUAAGUUAUGUUCAUUUGAUUGCCAUAAACACUCACAUUAAUUUCUAAAUAAAGAUGUCUAUGUUUACCACUAGA